AUGUCGAGCUCCGAGCAACGAGACGCCAGCCUGCCGCCCGCUGCCGUCGAUGCCCGGUCGCCAUCCCCCGGCGUCAAACGGGCCGCCUCCGAGGUGGACGGCGACGUCGACGUCGACAUGGACGCGGCUCCGACGGGGAACGACACGAACGAUGCGAUGAAUGCCGACGACGACGAUACCUCCACCGCGAACGGCGGCAACCUCUACUUUACGCCCUCCAGCAUGUCUACCAACACCCCCGCAACGACCAACCCGUCCGAUUCGUCCCCUCCCUCUUACGAUGAUCAAGUGGCGAAGGUGACUCUCCACAUGGCACAACCGCUGAAGGAGAAGCAGAAGGGCUACGUGGUUUCCAUGUCUUGGCUGAAGCGGGUGCUCUCUCGAAGCUCGACCCAUGCCGACCUGGCCGACAAAACCGCCGUCGAAGGAGACGUCGGACCCGUCGACAACUCCGAUCUCGUACUCGUAACCGAUCCCGCCAAUGCAGGCUUGGUCGACGAGGCGAACGAGCCGUUUGUGCCGCUGCGGCCCGGUCUGCAGAUGGGGGAGGACUUCGAAAUCGUUCCCCAGGAGGGCUGGGAUCUGAUCCUUCAGUGGUACGGUCUGGCGGAGCAGUCCCCUGCUAUUGUUCGCUACGCCCAUGACACCAGCGUGGGCGGCGACUCGCAGAACGUUCAAUACGAAAUCAACCCCCCGAUCUUCACCAUUCUCAAGCUGACGAACCCCUCCGCGGGGACCACGCCCCAGAGCCUCAAGGAGAAGAACAUGAAGCCGGUGCGGAUCCUAUCGAGCCGGCACACGAACUUUCAGAAGUGGUUGAAGGACGCAAAGAGUCAGGCCAAGAUCGACAUGGCGACCAAGGUCCGUGUCUGGAGAAUACUAGGCGGGUUGGGGAGCGCCACCGCAUCGGCCGCAAUCACGCCGGCCGCCUCGCGCAGCGCCUCCCCGGCCCCCGCGGCCUCGAUGGUUGCCAACGGCGGCAACAGUCUCGUGCUCGACCUCAACACCUUCCUCUCCCUGUCGGAGGGCGCCCAGCGGGAAUUGCUGGAGGGGGCCAAGGACCAAACCUCCAACCCGAACUACAACGGUCGCAUGACUCUCGAUGUCGCCGGUCUCGGCGGCAGCGACGUCGUGGUGCUGGAAGAACGGAUCCCCGGUGCCGGCAACGGUGAAUGGGCCUCCGAGGCGUCCAAGCAGACCCUCAAUCGCCUGGGUGUGCCGACCGGGAGCCUGAAGAACGGCGUUACCUCCAAGUUGAAGAACAAAAGCCCGACAAGCAGUGGGCGUUCGUCCCCCGUCCCAGAACCCCCCCGGGGAAGACGGAAGGAUGGGAAGCCUCGCGGAAACACGGGACUGAGUAAUCUCGGAAACACUUGUUAUAUGAAUUCUGCCCUGCAGUGCGUGCGGAGCGUGGAAGAGCUAUCCUACUAUUUCCUGAAUGAUGUUUAUAAACAAGACUUGAACCCCAGCAACCCUUUGGCCCACAACGGCGAAGUCGCCAAGUCGUAUGCCAACCUCCUCCGUUUGAUCUAUGACGAAGCCGGUCAGUCUUCAUUUGCCCCGAGGCAGUUGAAAAACACCAUUGGCCGCUACGGACCAGCGUUCUCGGGCUACGGGCAACAGGAUUCGCAGGAGUUCCUGCUCUUCCUGCUUGAUGGAUUGCAGGAGGACCUGAACCGGAUUCAGAAGAAGCCGUACAUCGAGAAGCCCGACUCUACCGACGACAUGGUCCACGACAAAGCCGCCCUGACCGAGUUUGCCGACAAGUGUUGGGAUAUUUACAAAGCUCGCAACGACUCGGUCAUCACCGACCUCUUUGCGGGCAUGUACAAGUCCACUCUCCACUGCCCCGAGUGCGACAAGGUCAGCAUCAUCUUCGACCCGUUCAACAACCUCACCCUCCAGCUGCCGAUUGAGAACGUGUGGAGCAAAGAGAUCUUCUAUUUCCCCCUGCACUCGAAGCCGCUCCGGGUGGAGGUGGAGAUUGAUAAGAACUCCAGCAUCAAGUCCUUGAAGGAGCUGGUCGCCAAGAAGGUGGGCUCAGAUGCCCAGCGACUGGUGAUGACUGAGAUCUACAAGAACAAGUUCUACAAACUCUUCGACAACACCAGCUCGAUCGCGGAAGCCCAUAUCAGCGCGAAUGACGACAUCGCCAUGUACGAAGUCGAGUCCGUGCCGACGAACUACAACCCGGACAAGCCCCAAAGGAGUUUCCACUCGUUCAGUCGUUCCGAUCGUGACGAGAUCCCGGAAAUCGACUCGCCCAAGGCCGAUCGCCUGCUCGUCUCUGUCUUCAACCGAGUGGAGCGGCCGAAAGGGAACAACCCCAAGAGCGCCCAACGGACGCUUUUCGGAGUCCCUUCGUUUAUCAUCGUUGACCGCGAGGAUGUCUAUAGCUGGGACGCUAUCUAUAAAAAGCUUCUCCUAGACGUUGCCCCCAUGACGACCCGGGACAUCCUCAAUGAGCAGGCCCCAGAAACCUCGUCGGACGAGACCGGCCCGGAAGAUUCGGACAUCUCGGUCAUGAACGAGGACGAUGCUCAGUCGGCCGACUCCAAGAUCAAGACGACCUCCGUGGAUGGCGAGGAAGGAAUGGUGGACGUUUCCAUGCGGGAUGCGCCUGACGCCUCUCAGGAUGCCGACUCCACCGAAAGCUCAAUUCCCUCGCGCCUGCGCAAUCUGUUUGAAAUCAAGCUGAUCCGAAGCAACGAGACUGUCCCCAUCGGGUUCUCCGCGAUUGAGGAUAACAAGGAGUACCCCCGGAUGUCAUGGCGAAUCAAGACGAAGCCCGCUGUUGCGGAGGAGCCUGAGUCGAUGUCGGAAGCGCCCAGCGACCCUCAAGCGGCUGCCAACAAAGACGUGGAUGACAAUGCAUCGGACAGCGAAUCCGACGCCGCUCCACCCGCCAAGCGUCCCCAGAAACAGGUUCAGGAGCGCCCCCUCAUCCGUCCGGGUGAGGCAAUCGUGUUAGACUGGAAUGAAGAUAUUUAUGAUGCUCUGUUCACCGGAAAGCUCAGGGACAGGGACUCCGUUCGCGGGGCCCCAACCUGGAACGAUGUCGACCGUCUUCCAGACCCCGAGUUGACCAAACGGCGCCAAUUGCGGCAGAUACGCAAGAAGAAGGGAGUGACCCUCGACGAGUGUCUGGACGAAUUUAACAAGGAGGAAGUUCUUUCGGAGAACGAUGCGUGGUACUGCCCCCGUUGCAAGGAACAUCGCCGUGCCAGCAAGAAGUUCGAGCUCUGGAAGACGCCGGAUAUUCUCGUCAUGCAUCUGAAGCGCUUCAGCGCCAGCCGGGGUUUCCGGGACAAGCUGGACGUUUUGGUAGACUUCCCCGUGGAGGGUCUGGACAUGACUGGCCGAGUGGAAGCCCCUGAAGAUGGCAAGGGCCUGAUCUACGACCUCUUUGCAGUCGAUAAUCACUACGGUGGACUGGGAGGAGGUCAUUAUACGGCGUACGCCAAGAACUUCAUGACGGGCCAGUGGAACGAAUACAACGAUUCCUCUGUUUCGCGACCUCUUGACCCCCAGAGCGUGGUGACCUCGUCGGCUUACCUCCUCUUCUACCGUCGACGAUCGGAUCGUCCGCUGGGCGGCAAAAUCCUGGAGGAGAUCACGGAGUCGUCCACGCGACCACCCAGUGAGUCGGGCUCGGUCAGCGAGUCUCGCGGACAGUCACCGUCGGGGGACGGCCGGCGUCUCGGCGGCUCCUCCCUCAAUGGGUCGUCGAGCGCCUCAACCGGAGCCGGAGCAGGUCGCCAGGGAGAUGGUGGUUUGCAGGUUGGAACCCCCGGGAAGAACCGCGGCGGUGACGAGUCGCCUCCUGAGUACUCCACCAACCCGACGCGCGGCGAGAAGAGCCUCAGCAGCAAUGAUAAGAACAAUCGACUGGAAGGUAUGAAUAUCGAGGACGACGAGGAGUCUGGUGAUGGAGGACUAUCCAACCCCUUCGGUUUCCCAAGUCCGCCCUCGUGGUCGUUCAACCGAGUCCACCAAGCUCACGGCCCUUCUUCUUCACAGAUGACCACAGCGCUGCCGGGAUCCACCUUUGAUGACGACGAUGACCUGCUUGACGACGACACCGCCAGCAACAAGGCUGUUGGCGGAGGAGACAUGAGCGACUCGGACCUCCGACUGGCCGCCUUGACCGACAGUCCGGGCCCCGGCGCGGCAUAUCCGGGCACGCCGAUCGAGGAGAGUGCAUUCCAAGAUAUUCCUCCUCUAUUGGAAGCCGACAAUGAUGACGACGACGACGACGAACUGCCCGUGGUGGAGCUACGAGUGAACGAUGAAGAUCGGAUAGUGUCCGAUUAG